AUGGUGGCAGUUGAAAAAAUAACAGAAACCCUAAAAACACUUUCCAAACCCGUCACCACACCCGAAGAAAUCUGCCAAGUAGCCACUAUUUCUGCCAAUGGAGAUGUCUCUGUUGGUAACCUAAUUUCAGAUGCUAUGAAGAGAGUCGGAAAGGAAGGGGUUAUCACAGUUAAAGAUGGGAAGACCUUGAAUGACGAACUGGAAAUCAUUGAAGGAAUGAAAUUCGAUCGUGGUUACAUUUCUCCAUAUUUUGUCAACACCACGAAAGGAGCUAAGGUGGAAUAUCAAGAUGCCCUUUUGCUUCUCAGUGAGAAGAAAAUCUCAUCUGUACAGAGCAUCGUACCAGCGUUAGAAUUAGCUAAUGCUCAAAGGAAACCUCUGAUUAUCAUUGCCGAAGAUGUUGAUGGUGAAGCCCUAACUACACUUGUAGUCAAUAGACUUCGCAUUGGUUUACAAGUAGCUGCUGUGAAAGCGCCAGGUUUUGGAGACAACAGAAAAUCCACUCUCCAUGACAUGGCUAUUGCUACUGGAGGUAUCGUAUUUGGUGAUGAUGCCAAUAUUGUUAAGCUUGAAGAUAUCAAGCUAUCGGACUUGGGACAGAUUGGUGAAAUAGCCAUCACAAAAGAUGAUACUCUUCUACUGAAAGGAAAAGGCAAAAAAGAAGACAUUGACAGGCGUGCAGAACAGAUCCGGGACCAAAUCGACACCACAACAUCCGAAUACGAGAAAGAAAAACUCCAAGAAAGGUUGGCGAGAUUAGCCUCGGGUGUAGCCGUGCUCAAAGUAGGUGGUAGCAGCGAGGUGGAGGUGAACGAGAAGAAGGACAGAGUGACUGAUGCUCUGAACGCCACCAGGGCUGCAGUAGAAGAAGGUAUCGUACCCGGAGGAGGUAUUGAAAUCGUGAAGAGGGCAUUGAGAGUACCUUGCAUGACCAUUGCUAAAAAUGCUGGAGUAGAUGGAGCUUCUGUUGUUGCCAAAGUGGAACAACAUGAAGGAGACUAUGGAUAUGAUGCCCUCAAUAAUGAAUAUGUCAACAUGUUCGAGAGAGGCAUUAUUGACCCUACCAAAGUUGUCAGAACUGCCAUUGUCGAUGCCUCUGGAGUAGCAUCCCUCCUGACCACCGCAGAAGUAGUCAUCACCGAAAUCCCGAAAGAGGAGCCGCCAGUCCCAACAGGCAUGGGCGGAAUGGGGGGAAUGGGAGGAAUGGGUGGAAUGAUGUAA